UGUCUGUGAUACCGGCACAAAGCAGAAGUGGAAAUCCUGAGUAAGAUUAGAGAAGCCCUGUGAGACUUGUCGGAGGAAGAGCUCAACACACACGUUUGUUAGGAAGAAGAAGGAGAAAAAGAGGGAACAGAUCAUCAAGUCAAAAUAAUAAAGACGUUCACCUUAUUACAAAGACAGAGCAAGGGGAUCCAGCAAAACUUCAGUUCUGCUGUCGGGAGGAAAUGUGUUGCAUUGUGUGAAAUCUGUGAGGCAUGGGGAACUUGUGACAACUUUACUCCUUUGGAAGUGAAACAAUCCAAAUCACAGCUCAGAGUUUGGACAAAGGGACAGAAUCUAAUCAUAAGGACAUCCCUCUGAAGGAUUUGAAUGGAGAUAACCCAUAUCGUUUGGACCAUACGAGGGAGAAGGAUCUUUGUUUGACUGAUUUAUCUGAGUGAGUAAAAGUGAGUCUGUAUCUGGUGGGCUGUACCCUGGUGAACAGAGCCCUAGUAGGGGGAGGGGAAGAAGCUCUGGCCUGGAUCUCUGUCCUCUGGGUUCAUCAACCCCCGAAAGUAGGUACACCAAGAGAGGAAAGUUAUUAACAUUUGUAAUGCCCCAUCCAGAGGACUUGUUAUUGCUAAUGGCCUGACUGUGCCUCAUUGUUUUGGACUGCUCUGGUUUUUGUUAUACAUUCAUGGACAGUGGCAUUGUCUCAUAAUGAAUAACACUACCGACCUGCCAGACAUUUCAAACUGCAGCAAGAAUGACAACUUCAAAUAUCCCCUGUACAGCACAGUCUUCAGCAUUGUGUUUGUAGUUGGACUCAUCACCAAUGUCGUGGCUCUUUAUAUAUUCACAUGCUCUCUGAAACUGAGGAAUGAGACCACCACAUACAUGAUGAACCUGGUGGUGUCCGACCUGCUGUUUGUCUUCACGCUACCGCUGAGGGUCUUCUACUUCAUCAACAAGAAUUGGCCCUUUGGGGGAACUCUCUGCCAGAUCUCUGUCUCGCUGUUCUACACCAACAUGUACGGCAGCAUGCUCUUUCUCACGUGCAUCAGCGUGGACCGCUUCCUAGCUAUUGUUCACCCUUUUCGCUCGAGGAUGGUCAGGACCAAACGUAAUGCCAGGAUAGUGUGCGCUGCUGUCUGGGUGCUGGUGCUUUCGGGGAGCCUCCCCACUGGGUUUCUGUUGAAUAGCAUCACAACGGACAAACAUGGGAACACUUUCUGCUUUGAGAACUUUUCAUCCAAAACGUGGAAAUCCCACCUGUCUAAAGUGGUGAUAUUUAUAGAGACAGUUGGCUUCCUCAUUCCUCUUCUACUUAAUGUUUGUUGCUCCAUCAUGGUGUUACAGACCCUGCGGCGCCCUCACACCAUCAGUCGUGGGGGAAGGGUGAACAAAAAAAAGAUCCUGCAGAUGAUAAUUGUGCACCUGUUCAUUUUUUGCUUUUGCUUCAUUCCCUAUAACGUGAACUUGGUGUUUUAUGCUCUGGUCCGCACAAAAACCCUAAAGGGCUGCUUUGUUGAGUCGGUGGUCCGAACUAUCUACCCGAUAGCCCUUUGCAUCGCUGUGUCCAACUGCUGCUUUGAUCCCAUUGUGUACUACUUCACCUCAGAGACCAUCCAGAACUCUAUCAAGAGGAAGUCUCAGGCCUCCCGUUCGUUUGACGUCAAGUUCUCUGAGGCUCUGCAGUCGGAGAGCAGCUCCAAUUUGCAAUGCAGCCUAAAGAACCUGAAAGCUAAGGUCUUCCACAACGAAUCUUCAGUAUGAAAAUUCUUAAUUUGUUUACUUUGGAGAGCAUUUCCUAAUUUGGACAUCAUCUCAGGGCAAAAGCUUUAAACUGUGGAUUUAAUAGCCUCUGCAUUGCAGUAUUACCAUUUAACCCUCUGCUUACAUGUGAGGAUUUGUUACGACUACUUACACAUAUCUGUUUCCUGUGGAUUAUACUGUAAUUUUGCUUAACAUAGUUACAUGUAUAGGGUAAUAUGAUGACUAAACUGCAGCAUGGUUAUUUUAACAUAUUAAUGUACUUGUAUAUCUGUAUAUAUGUAUGAUAAGUUGUGGUGCUAACUUAAUAGUCUAUUAUCUAUUAAGUUAACAUAAAGAUAUUCAAAGCUAUACAUAUACAAGGCUUUUUGUUUGUUUAAAAUUAAAAGUCAUUCUGUAAUUCGCUUUUGUGAAUGUGUCAUUUUUUUGUAAUUGUGAAUUACAGAAUGUAAGGGUGCCUUUUUGUUCUUGUUCUGGGAACAUUUCUUUGUAGUCUCAUUACUGAAUUGUAAAUGCACUGACACACUUCCCCAAACUGCACUCACACUAUUGCCAUGAAUAAAAGUCAUGUGCUGUGAAAAAACUUGA